CCGAGUGGUUUUACCUUGCUCAGUGCAAGAGUAUCAAGUUGGGCAGCUUUAUUCGGUGGCAGAAGCUAGCAAAAAUGAAACAGGAGGCGGCGAAGGAAUUCAAGUUUUAAAAAAUGAGCCCUAUGAAAAGGAUGGCGAGAAGGGACAAUAUACUCACAAAAUUUAUCAUUUAAAGAGUAAAGUUCCUGGUUUUGUAAGGAUGUUUGCUCCAGAAGGCUCCCUGGUGUUCCACGAGAAGGCUUGGAAUGCAUAUCCCUACUGUAGAACAAUUGUGACAAAUGAAUACAUGAAAGAUGACUUCUUCAUAAAAAUUGAGACCUGGCAUAAACCGGAUUUGGGGACAUCAGAGAACGUGCACAAUUUAGAUCCAAACACGUGGAAGAGUGUUGAAGUUGUCCAUAUUGACAUUGCAGAUAGAACUCAAGUAGAACCAGGAGUCUGCCUUGUGCUGGGGGCCCCAGGUGGGCUUUCUGAGAGCGGAGCAGAGGGGAGAAUCCCCUUCCUCGCCCUGCUGCCCACGCCGCCUUGGAUGCGGCCCAGG